CAACCUCAUUCAUCAUCUAGCUCGUGCCCCCUCCUCUUCCUGUUCUCCUCAUCAAUUAUUGCCGAUCGGAGUGGAUUAGAGGCUUCUCCCGUCUAUCAAGUAUGCGCUCUUGAAGUUUCGAUAAUCAAUUGCACAGCCUCGCAUACGAAAGUGACAAUCAUGCAAUAAGCCAUAACCAGCACAAAACACCCACACACACAAUCACACACAACAUCAAACACUCUCGCUAUCACAAUGAAAGCAGCAAAGAUUUUAGGUACAACUGUACCACCCGAACAACCCAUAAGAAGAUCAAGCGAAUCAAUAGAUUUGGAUAUAAGCGAUGUCGCUUUGGCUCCAGGAGAAGGUCCACCGCCAAUCCCACUUCGCUCAAGUAGCGGGGCAACCACUUUGCCUAGCGUUGAUGGAAUGAUCUCUGUCAAUCGUAUGGCAACAAUCGAAUCACAAUUGAGCGUUGAUCCUCCUUUGCAUCAUCGAUCGACCAAACAUCAUGAAAUUUCACCGUUUUUGUUUCAAGGAAACGAUCAAGAAGAUGCAAAAGGUAGCAUUGGAAGCGCAAGCGGUCGUCAAUAUGAUCCUAGCAGCAGCACAGGUCGUUCAAUCUUAACAGAUAAUAGCGGAUCGGGAUCUUCACGUUUCUUUGCUUCUCAGUCUACGUUGCCUUUACGUCCCUCUACACCGCCAUUGGCCGCUUCUGCAUCACAGGUCAGUUUGGGUGGAUUUGCUACUCCUGGCACGGCGGGAAAGCGAUCAAAAACAUCCAAGAAUCCCCUCAAAUUCUUUUCAAAGAAUGCAAAAAAGUCAACCUCAAAUCUACGCGAAGAGGAAUUGUCGCCUAACACUACACCACGUAUUCACCAUACCGGUGCAUCAGGAUCUCACACGAGACCAGAAGUACGCGGAGAUGGUUCAGCAAUGGGCAUUGACGAAGAAUUAGGCGUGGACGAUCAUGAAACAUUGAGAGAAUCACGGCGAACCAAAUUGAUCGGUCGACCAAGAACGCGUGAUAAAGAAGUCAAACGAACACGAACAGCAGGCUCAGCAAUGGAUGGCGAUACGGGUUUGGGUGUAUCGAUUGGUCAUCCACAACGUGGAAUCUCUCAUGCUGGCUUCAGUAGAAGAUCACAUCAAGAAGACGUGCCGCUAGCUUUGGAUACGAAUUUUGAUCAUAUCGAUGAUUUUGUCGAUACGUCUUUAAGACAACCUUCUUUAGUUGGUCCAAAGGGUGAAACCUUGACAGCAGAGGAAAUUGUGCCAAGGAAAAUGAACAAAUCACCAUCACCUGUUUCAUCAACACAGCCACCACUACGUGAUCGUUCUACAUCGGUAUCAUUUGUUGAGCAACAAAGGCCUUCAUCUGCUUCAGUGGAUUCUCCACAACGACCUGGAAAUUUGCGAAGGAUGGCAACUGCUUCUGGUGCUCCUGUUGCACCGCAGAGAUCUCCAUUACAGCCUCAAAGGAUUGACGUCACGAGCUCCAAUCUGGUGAAGAUGAACAAGGCACAAAUGGAAGCAAUCUUACGGGCACGCGGUGGUGUUAAUACCCCAACAUCAAAUAGUAGUGAUUCGAUUGACGAACCGUCUGCACGACAACAACAGCAACAAGAUCGUAUAAAUGGCUUCAUUUCUGCCGAUCAACCGUAUAAAAGUCUUAUUGGUCCAUCAGAUCUGACACCAGGCGCAAGUCAUCGAGAUGAUAGGAAAGCCAGUUAUACCUCUACCGCAAGUAGAAUGACAAACGGCAGCGAUAUUUCACCUACUACUUCAGUCAAUAAUUUAAACAAAACAAACAAGUUUAUGCAAGAACGCAGACCGAGUCAACAAGGUGUAGAUGCAGGCUAUAAAUUCCCACCACAUAACCGUAAUGCCACUGAUCCAAGAAAAUCAAGCGCUUCAAGUGGAAAAGUUACAUCUUCUUGGAUGGCGCCUGAUAGUUGGGCUGUUCAACCGCAAAAGCUUCGUGAUGUUUUGCGAGAUGAUGAAGAUGGAAUUGAAGAUGAUGCAUUGAGCCCGGGCGUUGAUCCGCUUACUGCUUCGCCAUCUUAUAAACGUGAUGCCAGUCGACCCUCUUUAGGCUCAAGUAUCUGGAGUGGUCUUGGAUCUUCGUCUUUGGGAGGAAAUCAAAGUUCAGUCUCAUCUGCAGAUGCGGCACUGGUGCGUGAUGGAUUGGUGUCUAUGGAAGCAUUGCAAGGUAGACGUGAGACGAUCGACUCUAGUCAGUCUUAUACAUCCGUGCCAACAGAUCGAGAUGGCAGUACAACGCGAAAGAGCUCUGAUUCUUCUUUCGAAGUUUUACAAGCUUUGCCAACUCAAUUGCAAUCCAACGCUGCAGGUUCACCAGCGGCAGUAAGACCAGGUUCGCGAGGUGGAUCGACAAUCGGUCAGGCAGCUGCGGCUGCUGCAGCGGCAGCAGGUAAAUUAGGACUUCAUCGUCCUUCUCGCAUCAAGUUGAGUAGCAGCAGACCAAACACGGGCAAUUCCAUCAACCACCCAUUUGGCACGCCAACGCCAGGUAAAGGCAUUCCUGUAACGCCUUCAGCCGAUGAGGAUAAUCAAUUCAAUUGGAAAUCCUCCAAAAGGACUCCGGGCAACCAAACAGCUUCAAAACAUACAUUUAUGCGAGUAUACAAGGAUGAUGGUAUGUAUUCUGUAGUUUCAAUCUCCUUGGAUGCUACUGCGUCGGAGCUACGUACGAUUUUAGCACGCAAGAGUAUCGACCCUGCUCAAGUGAAUAGGUUGUUCGUGCGUGAUAAAGGUUCAGAGAGACCAUUAGGUCAAUCAGAAAAGCCAGCAAUUCUGCAGAGGAGACGAUUGGAACAAGCAGGUUAUACGGAAGCAGACUCUUUGGAAGAGUUGGGAAGGGAAGAUUUAUCGUUUUUGAUCAAAUUUGUCUUUAGACCUGAUCGUGUGACAAAUUUCGAUUCUUAUUCGUUCGGUAAUACAGAGGCUGAUUUCAACGUUUUGGAUUUGCGUAAUCGAAAUUUGGAAAUGGUACCUAUUUUCCUGUACAAGAACGCAGAAUGGAUCAAGAGCUUGGAUUUGAGCGGUAAUCCGAUGCACGAUAUCCCAAACGAUUUCAUUCAGAUUUGCACGAAUCUGACCACUUUGUGUCUCAGCCAUCUCUCGCUCAAAAGGGUACCGCAGAGUAUUCGACAAGCCGUCCAUUUGACCCACUUGGACUUGAGCGAUAAUCGUAUUCGGGAAUUGAACCACAUCAAUUUGAGUGAGAUUCCUCAAUUGAUGUCACUCAAAGCACAGAACAACCGAUUGUCAGAGCUUCCGGGAUACUUUGCAUGGAUGAAGACUUUGCGAGAUCUGAAUGUGUCGAACAAUCAAUUUGCCGUCUUUCCAUCGGUUGCUUGCGAAUUGGAAAAUCUUACCCUGUUGGAUAUCAGCUUCAACACGAUUGUCGAACUUCCCAAUGAACUCAACAUGCUCAAGAGACUACAGAGAUUUGUCUUUGUCGGUAAUAGCGUUGAACAAUUACCAAGCUCGAUUGGUGAAAUGCACAACCUUCGCGUGAUCGAUUUGAGGAGGAAUUUGCUCCAAGACAUCUCUGUGCUGUUCAAUUUACCAAGCUUGGAGAUAUUACGAUGUGAGCAUAACUCCCUCAAGAGGAUGGAUGUCACAUUCGGUGAAAGGCUGAAAACUUUGCAGAUUGGACAAAACCCCCUCAGCAAGGCAACCUUUAAUGCUAAAGCCAUGUGCGCGCUGACAAUUCUAGAUCUCUCAUCCGCCAACAUGGGUAAAUUGGAUGACGACGUUUUGAGUCAACUACCAAACUUGACAGAAUUGGUUCUUGAUCGGAAUAGCUUGAUCGUCUUACCCGACAACCUUGGUGCGCUCACACAAUUGACAAAGUUAUCCUGCACAAACAAUCUCUUGGCUACCUUGCCUGACAGUCUCGGUUUAUUGACCAAUUUGGUGGAGCUGCAAGCGCACAAUAACAACCUCAAGUCCUUACCGGCAAGCAUUUGGCACUGCAGUAGUUUGAGGAGGUUGAAUGUUAGUUCCAAUCUGUUGGAAUCUUUCCCUUCUACUUCAGACGCUGCCGCAUCCCUUGCCCCAGGCUCAACUGUGGAUAUGAUGGUGAGCUCUGCCAUACUAUCACAAAGUAGAAAAGGAUCUGCUGGCUCGUUGGGAACGUUACCGGCUAACGGUGCACAUUCAGCUGGAAGGACGCCAUUGCCACUAAGUGCAUGUUUGAAAAAAUUACGUAUGGGCGAUAAUCAUUUGACAGAAGAUAUUUUUGCUGUUUUACGUGAUUUGCCGGAAUUGCAAAUCUUGAAUUUGAGCAGUAAUGAUCUUUACGAAAUUCCAAGUUAUGGACUUUCAAAUUUGAUCAAAUUACGUGAAUUAUACCUUUCUGGUAAUUCGAUCGGUAGUAUCCCGGCAGACGAUCUCACAUUACUGAAAGAAUUGCGAAUCUUGCACAUCAAUGGUAACAAGUUGCAAACAUUACCUGCUGAAUUGGGCAAAAUGAUGAAAUUGGUCAAUUUGGACGUCGGUACAAAUGCUUUGAAGUACAAUAUCUCGAAUCAGCAAUACGAUUGGAAUUGGAAUUCCAACCCAAAUUUGCGCUACUUGAAUCUUUCUGGAAAUAAGCGCUUGGAGAUCAAGAGCAAUCCAGUCAUGACUGGCGUUGAUGGAGCCCACUCCAACGGUACACCAGCUUUUCGUCGUACGGAUAGUUCGGAUUUCCAACGUCUUACCAAUCUUCGCUUGCUGGGUCUUAUGGAUGUCACUGUAACCUUGCACCAAAUGCCGGACGAAUUUGAUGAUCGACGUGUUCGUACAAGUUUGAGUCAAAUCAAUCAGAUGGCUUAUGGUAUCUCGGACGCACUCGGUCAACAUGAUCAUUUGAGCAUCGUCGAUGUCGUUGUGCCUAACUUCCGUAAACGAAAUGACGAAUGCAUGUUUGGUAUGUUUGCCGGACGUGGACAUGGUGAUAAGAUGGGCAGUAGAAUCGCUUUCCAUCUUGCUCAAUGGGUCAACUUUCGAAUUCAAUGGGAAGUUCAAAGACUUCAAACUCCCGGUCAUCAAUCAUCGCCGGAUAUGGAUAAAGUUCAAGAUAUUAUCAGACGUGCAUUCUUGCGCAUGGAAAAAGAGUAUGCUGAUGUCUUGAUCUCUGAAGGAGUUCGUGUUCGUCAAGAUUUCCGAACGCAAUCAAACAGUAAAGAAGCAGGCAAAACAGAGGCACCGAUGACUACUGAUAGUAUUUCUUCCGGCAAUUGGCGCAGUGGUGCAAGUGCGGUUUUGGCGUAUGUGAUCAAAAAGACCUUGUUCGUUGCAAAUUGCGGUGAUGCUUUGGCAGUGCUUUCACGUAACAGUACAGCACAUUUAGUCUCAACCAAACAUGUGCCAUUCGAUCGUGAUGAAACUUUGCGAAUCAGAUCGUGUGAAGGAUGGGUUUCCCUGCAUGGUCAAGUGAACGAUACUUUGGAGGUUUCACGCAGUUUUGGUCAUUAUCAUCUUGCGCCGAUCGUUAAUGCUGCACCUGCCGUCCACAAGAUUGAACUAACAGAUUCGGAUGAAUUCAUCAUCUUGGCAAACAAGACUUUGUGGGACUUUAUCCCCUAUCAGACUGCUGUCGAUAUCGCACGUAUGGAUAGAGAGGAUCCAAUGAUGGCUGCACAAAAGUUACGUGAUUAUGCUAUCAGUUAUGGUGCUGAAGAUAGUAUCAUGGUCAUGGUCGUAGCUGUCGGAGAUCUGUUUGAGAAGACAAGAGGUGGAAUGCGAGGAGGCGCACAAAUCCAGGGUCUCACGCCAGCUGUUGCGACAGGUCAAAUGGGUAAUGACGGUGGAUCCAUCUUUGAACCUCAUUGGGAAGGCUUCAAGAAGCCAACAAUGCGUCGUGGUCGUGAAUUCUUACCGGGUGAUCGAACGCUGGCUAGACUUGAACGUGAGGUACCUCCUCCGGUUGGACAAGUGGCUCUCGUCUUUACGGAUAUUCGAAAUUCGACGCAUUUAUGGGAAACCAAUGCGGGCAUGCAAACUGCUAUGAGAAUGCAUAAUUUCUUAUUACGUCGACAAUUACGCAACAUUGGUGGUUAUGAAGUAAAGACUGAAGGUGAUGCAUUCAUGGUCAGCUUUCAAUCAGUCACUUCGGCUCUUUUGUGGUGCUUCCAAGUUCAAUUGCAAUUGCUCACCGAGAAUUGGCCACAGGAAAUUCUGGAAAGCGAAGAUGGAAAAGAGAUUUAUUCGGAAAGCACGGGAGAGUUGAUGUAUAGAGGAUUGAGCGUACGUAUGGGUAUCCAUUGGGGCCGUCCUGUAUGUGAAGCUGAUCCGAUCACGAGAAGAAUGGACUACUUUGGACCGAUGGUGAAUCGUGCAAGUCGUAUUCAAAGUGCAGCUGAGGGUGGACAAAUUCUCGUAAGCCGAGAUGUUUUGGCUGAAUUGCGAACGUGGUUCGGAUCGGCAGAUGAUGUUCAAAGAAGGAGCGUAUUGGCUGAAGAAGAGGGUGACAUGACAGAUUUGACAAAAGCCUUUGAAGAUGGUAACUAUUUGUUGCAUGAUCCCAAUGUGAGCCGAGACGUCGUCUUACUACGUAGAUUGGGAUACUCUUUCUUUGACGUUGGAGAACAUCGUUUGAAAGGAUUGGAAACACCCGAACAUCUCAUCUCCGUCUACCCUAAAGGACUCUUGAGCCGUUGUAGUAGUCAAGUUGAAUCUGGAACAGCGAGACCGACGACCAUUUUACCUACAACAUCUGCAUUUGAGGAGAUUGCUAAUGCUGAAGGAGGAGGAGCACCUGCUGGCGCAUUGGUUCCAAAGGCGACCGAUGCGGCGGAAACGUCUAGUGCACCAUUGGUCCAAGCAACACUGGCACCUGUGGAAGUGUUUGAGCCGACAGGACACUUGCUAAGCGUUGAUGAAGUGAAGAUGGUAUGUUACAUCUGUUUGCGUUUGGAAGCUUUAGCACAAGGUCAAGUUUAUGCUGGAAUUCAAGAAUCCAUUGAAGCUUCCAUGGCUGCACCUGAACCAUCAAAUUUAUCAAGACCCCUUUCUUACGGCCAUGAAUCGGAUGACAGACAAAGUAUGUUAAAUCGACAAAGUCUUUCUCUUGGCUUGAUUGAUGCUACGAGACAUAGCAGUGCAGAUCUGAGUCAUUUGGCUUCAAGUCUUGGCAAUGUACAAGCUCAACCACUUCUAGCCCUUUCAACGCCCCGUCAACGAGUGGUAGAAGAUCAUUUGCAUCAUCAUCCAGAAUUGAUGCUUUCAGGUUUACGAGAUGAUGCAACUGAUGAUGAAUUAUGCGUGGUAUUGAAUGCAUUUAUUGGACGAAUUUGGAUGGCUUUGGGUAAUUUGGGCUUACGCAAAAUGCUUUCUCAACGUUCAAGCAUGAGUGGUAUCGAUUUAAGGGCUGAUAUUGCACAAAUUUUUGAUUUGCUUCAAACAACGAAUGUGCUUGGCUCCGUUUGAGGAAUGCCCACCAUUGCCUCUAUCUUAACGCCCCUUUUACGGUUUUUUUAAAAAGUUAAUUUUGUGUAAACUUUCAUUUGUAUAGUAAAAAAGGUCAUGAAAUAAUAUGGAUAUAGAGUUAUGGC